AUGCCUCCAAAAGAUCUCAGCUUUGGACGCCUUUGCGCUGGAUGUUAUGAAGCCAAUGCUUCUAUCCUCACGAAAUACCCUUGUCCGGAGCAGACGCUACCCAUCAUCUUAAGCUCCUACUUCGAAACCAAAGGCAGAUUCAAGUCACGAAGAUUCAUUGCCAUCGAUUUCACCAAUUGGAAUAACAAACGAUGCAGACUCACGAUUCCAGCCAAGGCGGCUCUGUUCAAUUUACUAACCGACGAAACGGUCUACAUCGCGUUGCACGACUUGGAGAAGCAUGGCAAGAUUACGCUGUACGUCGCAACUGAAGCUAGCGUCGCUAGCAAUUUUUCGAGUUACGCUUGUAUUGAUACCAAAACUCAAGGAGUCGAUUUGAUGGAAACCCCACCACCAAUUGUCAGGCUCGAGCCAAUAAACCUUCGUGAUGUUACCAAUAAUUUGAUCAUUCUUCGCGAGUGCACGAAUUCGUCUGAGGACCUGCUUGCGUUCUUUCAGGAUAUUGAGAGGGCUUCUGAUCAAAUCCAAGUUGUGCAAAAAGCCCUGGCUCCUCGUACGUGGGACCCUGAACCAGAACGUACGGCUCUCCAGCAAGAUAUCCGACAAGAGCAACGUAACCCCACAAAGAAAAAUCAAAUCGGCUCUAAGAUGUCUAGAUCACCAUUACGAAAUGAUAAAAGAGCCACAGACUUCAGCAGUGAAUCUGAUUCGAACCUGGCUUCAACCCCCAAGAAGCCGUCGCGCACUAGACCACCCAGGAAAAGACGAUCUCUAGGACUAGGAAAUAAACCAUAUUUUUCGCAAGAAGCAAGUCAUGAAACCAACGAUAAUCGAACCGGUGAAACUCAGCGCCAAGGUUCUAAUGUGAAAAUGAAGGUGGGUCAAAAUUCCAGAGGACGUGGUAAUAGCUUCUCUGGACGAGGGUCAAGAGCUGGGAAAGGAUGUCGUGGUGGAAAACGGGGUAAUUCGAAUAAAAGAAUUGUAUCUGGACCAGCUUAUGGAAAGCCAGCUGCUAAGAUCGAAACCUUUGAAGAUCUUAAUCCAGGAAACAGAAGAACUAGUCUCGAAGCCAGAAGAACUAGUGCCGCACAAUCGACCAACAAUACCAAUCACCAAUCUGCCUUGACUGACCAACCACCGCCUGAGAUCGAGAACUUGAAUACCGGGGGCAAUCGAGGAGGCUUUCAUCGAGGAGGCUCUCAACGUGGAAAUACUCAACGUGAAGACGUUCAACGAGGAAAUAUCCAACGAGGAAACGCUCAGCGAGGAAACGCUCAGCGAGGAAACGCUCAGCGAGGAAACGCUCAGCGAGGAAACAAUCAGCGAGGAAACGCUCAGCGAGGAAACAAUCAGCAAGGAAACAAUCAGCAAGGAAACUCCCAACGAGGGAAGUCUCAGCGAGGAGACUCUCAGCGAGGAAACUUUCAACAAGGAUUUCGUGAUAGAGGGGGAAGAGGCUCUGGACGCGGGUUUCGUGGACGCGGUUUUUAA